AUGGAACCCUCGUUCGAUGACGUCCCCGAGGUCGUCGGCUGGAUGUCGUCGAUGGUCGACCGCGGCGGCCGCGCGAGCCAGGAGAGCCACCGGCUGUUCCUGGCGCGGCGCACGGCGCUCGAGAUGCUGCGGGACCGCGGGUACAGCGUGCCGGAGUCCGAGCUCGCCCGCACGCUCCCGGAGUUCCGUGCGUGGUGGGCUCCGGAGCCCGAGGUCGAGCGCCUCACCUUUUCCACCUUCCUCGCCUCCGACCAUUCCGACAAGGUGAAAAUUCUAUUCUGUGGACCAGAACCUGUCAAAAUCGCAACUAUCCAGGAGAUAUAUGACCAGAUCGAAGGAGAGAACUUGUCCAGACUUAUUUUGAUAUUGCAGGGAAAGAUAAUGCCUAGAGCUAAAGAGUCUGUUAAGGAGAAAUUCACAUUUAAAGUAGAUAUUUUUCAGGUCAAUGAGUUACUGGUUAACAUUAGUAAGCAUGCCCUGAAGCCCAAGCAUGAAGUGUUGACUGCAGAAGAAAAGGCCAGGCUCCUGAAGAAGUACAAUGUGCAGGAUUCACAGCUCCCUCGCAUGCUAGAGACCGAUCCUGUUGCUCGCUACUAUGGCCUCGGCAAGGGAACCGUGCUUAAAGUUACAUAUGACAGUGAGCUUACUGGGAACCAUGUGACAUACCGAUGUAUUUUCUGA